UCCCUCCCCGUUUUGGUCCGUUUGGUGUCAAGUGAAUACGACCCUGUGUAGUUUUGUAACACAGCAAUAAUGCAUUUACGCAAGUUCUAAAUCGAAAUCAUUAUGCGCAUUCUGAUGUUCAUACAUGCAGCAGAAACUACACCUUCAAAAGGGUGAGGAUCAUUCUACAAUUUGACAUUUAUACGUAACACCACCAGUCUCUAGCCGAGAUGACCCAGGUACGAAGGUCGGUGGGAGAGGCGCUGUGGGGAAUGUGUGCCGCCGACGCCAUGUCCAUGCCCGUGCACUGGUACUACAACAUCGACGACAUCAAGAGAGAUUUUGGAGGAUGGAUCACCGGCUUCAACGCACCCAACAACAGACACCCGUCCAGCAUCCUCACCCUCUCCAACUCAGCGGGGAGCGGUCGCACUGCAUGGUCCUCUGGUGGGAACAGACCCCAUGUUGUGGGUAGCGUAAUCCUCCAUAACAAGCUCAAGUUCUGGAAGGCAUCAGGCGGAUCGGUCCACUAUCACCAAGGUCUCCAGGCAGGUGAGAAUACCCUGAAUGCCAUCUGCUCCCUGAGGGUGGCACAGGCCCUGACAGGGGGGAAGUUUGCCAGCGUGGCAGAACCAGCGGCGAGGGGGGCGGUGCUGGCUGAUUACGUACACUUCAUGACCACGCCAGGAACACAUGGAGACACCUACGCAGAGUCCUUCCACAGAGCAUUCUUCUCCGACUGGCAAGACCCCAGACCCACUUCCUCCAGCAAGGUGUUGGAGUUUGCAGAGCAGCGCUACCAGCAGAAGAUGAACGUGUCAGUCCCCGACAGCCAGCUAGACGCUAUUGGCUGCCUCCCCAUGGCCAUCCCCUUUGUGCUUCUCUCUGCCACAGCCAAUGAGGACCAAGCUGUGUCUGCAGCGGUAGAGUUUGUCCGGCUCACCCACCCCCACCCCAAGGUGGAGAAAUAUGUGACGCUGUACGCCCGAGCCCUCCAUGCCACUCUGAAUGGGGAGUGUCUGAAGCAGCAAGCGGAGGCCGCCCUUAAGUCACCCGAGCUGGACGCAUGGGACACUUGCAAGCCCUACAUACAGAAAGCAGCCAGGUUUCCAACCUCUUCUGCAGAGGGGCUCAAGGUUCACCAGAGUGCAGUGGAAAUGCUUGGCAUGGCCUGCUACACCCGAGCUGCCCUCAGUAGUAUGUUCUACCUAGCACACGAAUUUCACAGUGACCCUCAUGGAGGGAUCCUGGCAAACACCAAUUGUGGCGGAGAGAACUGCAACAGGGGUUUUGCUUUGGGGGCUCUGCUGGGGGCGAGGGCAGGGUACACGGGUGGAUCUGUACCCCAGGAGUGGAAGGAUGGAUUGAGGAACGCACAGGAACCCAUCCAUGAAAUACUAAAGAUGCUCUGAGACUGCCCCCUAUAGGACAUAAAGCGCGCAUCAUAGCACUGACACACAUACCUUACCUCCGUUUGGUUGUUGUAACUCAUAACAACAUCUGUGUACCUUACAAUGAAAAAGAUUACUAUGCACAAAUAAUUACCUUGUGUAAAAGUGCUUAUUUUCCCAAUUUUACUCUUAAGGCCUUAAGGCCUUCCAGGUUUGCCUUGGUUUACUCCCCAGCUGAAAGCUCAGCAAUCUCUCUCGACCAUACUAGUAACUGUUCUCAACUGUGUCUCCAUUAAAUAUAUUUUAGAGAUCAGUUGGAGUUUACGCUCGCAAACUCCCUUAAAAUACCUUCGCUUGAAAAAUUUGAAAGAAGUGGAAAUAUUACUGUUUGUACCUCUUGAGACACCAUAGUCAGUACACUUCCUCAAAAUAGUCUCAAUUAAUUUAAGAUAAAUCUAUAAAUAGUUUUGUGUUUUUGCUGAGGAGGUCUUAGUUGCUCAAUUUUACAUCUAAGAUUUUUGGUACAGUAUUUCUUAACAUCUGCAUGAAAACUAGUCGUCUCUCGUUGAAUGACAACAAGCACUUCCUUGAAGAUUCCCUAUUGUUGACCAAUCACCGAUGAAGGGGCGUAGACUUCGGCUACGGAACUUUGACAAGCCUCAAGAAAAACGUGUGAUGAACAGCCGGGGGAAAAACCCUGCCGAACAACCAAAACGUCACAGAAUUUCAUCAGAAUAUAUGCGCGAUCUGUUUCGACUUGGAAUUAUACCGUAAACUUUAUACUCAUAUCGAGUUUGAGUUGAAGAAUAAAAAGUUAAACUUUUUUAAAGUACAUUUGAUCAUAUACAUUGAUUGCAGAAGCAGGUAGACAGUACCCUGCAACAUUUCUACAUUCCUUGUUUCCAAGUUAUGCAAAGGGAAACAUUGUGAUUUAUGGCAGUUCAAUGGUAACUUAUUUUAUCAGUCUUAUUUUCAUUUGGAUAGAACCUAAUGAUGUUAUUUGAAAGGUAAUAUGCCCUGCCAAAUUGUGUUUUAAAGUUGAAUAAAAGUAUUUAUGCUGGUCGAUUAUGCCCACAUACAAUAGUA